UAAUACUGUGAAAAAAUAGCAUGAAAAAUAGCCAUGAAAACUUGCAAAUCUUAAUGUUAUACAUGAUUUCCAAGUGGUAUUAAAUUACAAAAGCAACAAAUCAAAACAAAAACAAGAGGCAUAACAAGUGGCUUCACAGACAGUCGAACCUUUUUGUAUACUGGUGAUCUCGACAUCGUAAUCGCAAUCGUAAUCGUAAUCGUCAUCGUAGCCGCAGUCUGUGUCUCCAGCUUGCUACAAGCGUUAGUAUAGGAGCGACAAGAACACAAGGAACUAAUGAAAUAACUAAUUGAAAGGAGUCCAUCCAAACUCGAAAAGUUCCCUCAAGAAGGGUUCAUGAGAUUCGGAGUCAUUUUCACCAAGUCAGUGCGGUACGGCAGUGCCUACGCCGACGGCAAAUGGUCAAAGCAAACGACAAAGUUUUGAUUCUAUGUGCUGGUUUUUGUCUGCCGCUGCCAACCCACGGUUUUGACUGUUCUACUAUUUUACUUUUGUGCACGGCAGUAACUUUUGUGUUUCUUCAUCGAAAGCGUAAAGUGAUACAAAACAAAUACAAAGAAGAAUCAAGGUACUGGUAGAUGCGACAACGACCUUGGAUUGAAAGCCGACGCCAAUGAAGGUUUUUAGUGAAAAUUCAUGUAAUGUGUAAUCAAUUAAUUGAGUAAAUCCGCCUGAAUACUUACUCAGUUAAAUGAAAGCGGCGUCAAGAGCCAUAUGGGUCUCAACAUAAGCUGGAAAAACUAAAAUUGCAAUAAAAUCCAGAAAUUGAAUCCACUUAAUUGAAUCCACGCCAACAUCAUGGACUGUGAUUACUCAAAAUUCUUGUACAAAAUCGGACCCGGCACCAUACCAUCUCCGUGGACCCCAGUGAAUGCCGGUCCUCCAGGUGCACUAGGUUCGGCAGACACAAAUGGAAGUAUGGUGGAUAGUAAAAACUUGGAUGUUGGUGAUAUGAGCGAUGAUGAAAAGGAUUUAUCGUCUGCCGAUGCUGAGGGCGUUUGGAGUCCAGAUAUUGAACAGAGCUUUCAAGAGGCAUUAUCUAUAUAUCCACCAUGUGGACGUAGAAAAAUUAUUUUGUCGGACGAGGGAAAAAUGUAUGGUCGCAACGAGCUUAUUGCAAGGUACAUUAAACUGCGUACUGGCAAGACGAGAACCCGCAAGCAAGUUAGCUCGCACAUCCAAGUGCUCGCCAGGCGGAAACUGCGGGAAAUUCAAGCGAAAAUCAAAGUCGAACCCAAUGGUGUGUCCCUGCAUUUAUUAAAUGGCAAAGAUCAGACUCUGCAAGCCAUGAGCACGAUGACUAGUUCACAAAUCGUAUCUGCCCAAGCAGCCAAUAAUCUGGCACUGGCUGCUUCAGCGCUGUCCGUGGGUAUGCACCACGCGAAGCAUCACCCACAUCCUGCUCACCAACACCAGAUGGGUGUAGCUGCCGCAGCAGCAGUAGCUGCUGCAGCAGCAGCAGCCGCAGCAGUAGUGUGUCAGCCGACAUUAGGUGCUGCUGCUGGGCCCUGUUCUACGUCAGUCUCAAAGCCGCCGCUAAAUUCGUCGUCCUCACAGCGACAAUGUGCCCACUCUCACCAAAACCAUUCCCAUCACAAUCUGACACACCUCCCGCAUAGUCAUAUGCAUCCCCAUCAUCACCAGAAUGCGGCGGCCGUUGCAGCAGUGUACCACUUCCAGCAGCACCAAAAACACCAGCAGCAAAGUGGGCCAAGCGAGCCUGUCGUAGCCGCAGUAUCACCGAUUCUUGAUGUCUCAAUCACGAGUCAGGGCAUGACACCAACACAAUCCCAGCCAUUACAUCAUCCGCCGUUGUAUCCGGGCCAAUUUUGGCAGCCUGGACUGCAGCCCAGCACCUCGCAAGAUUUCUAUGAUUACAGCAUCAAGCCGUUCGCACAGCCACCAUAUCCUGCGGGUAAACCAUCAACGGCCGUGUCCGGGGAGAUCGAAGCUGGUAUUCCGUCCGCACAAUUGCCAUGGGAGGGGCGCGCUAUUGCUACGCACAAAUUCCGCUUACUAGAGUUCACUGCGUUCAUGGAAAUCCAACGAGAUGACAUGUUAACCUUGCAGUAUAACCGCCACCUUUUUGUGCAACUCGGCGGCAAGCCAUCAUUCUCCGAUCCGCUACUUGAGACAGUUGAUAUCCGACAAAUAUUUGACAAAUUUCCGGAAAAGUCUGGCGGGCUGAAAGAUCUCUAUGAAAAGGGUCCGCAAAAUGCAUUUUACCUGGUAAAGUGCUGGGCUGACUUAAAUACCGAUAUUACGACAGGCAGCGAAUCGGGUGAUUUUUAUGGGGUAACGAGCCAAUAUGAAAGCAAUGAGAACAUCGUGCUGGUAUGUUCGACGAUUGUGUGCUCAUUCGGCAAGCAAGUGGUGGAGAAAGUAGAGAGCGAGUACUCACGACUGGAAAAUAAUCGCUACGUCUACCGCAUCCAGCGUUCACCUAUGUGCGAGUACAUGAUUAAUUUCAUACAGAAACUUAAAAAUUUACCCGAACGUUACAUGAUGAACAGCGUGCUAGAGAACUUUACAAUAUUACAAGUAAUGCGAGCGCGAGAGACGCAAGAGACUCUUCUAUGCAUAGCGUAUGUUUUUGAAGUGGCAGCGCAGAAUAGCGGCACCACGCACCACAUUUACCGUCUUAUAAAGGAAUAGCAAGAGCUGCGUGAGGCAGCGUCUAAUUUGUCCGCAAACCCCACCAAUGCACAAAUCAGCGAAUACAUCAGCAGCAACACCAACAGAAUCAAAAAUACAAAUAAAAGUAACAAUACGAUUAGUAGCCACCCUAACAGCAGUACCAACACCAAUGCCAACGAUCAUAGCAAAAAAACGCAAAAGUGUGCUAAAAGAGAUAUUACAAACGGAAACGCAUCUGAAUUGGAAAAACCUAUUAAAUUGUCACCCACCUCUCCCCGCCUACAGCACCAACAGCCACAGUUACUGGUCCAUCAGAAAAAACUUGAUACGAUAGCUGCGCUACAGGUUAAAGAGGUUAUAUACGCACAUACGCAAGCAGAAAACACCUAUCAGUCACAACAGCAGUCGCAUGCGCGACAUCAACAGCAGCAUCGCACAAAUGCGCAGCCGUAUAGCGCAUGCAUCACUAGCAAAAAUCAGGAGUUUGAGGCUGAAAAACUAGACCAAAAACAAUUAGGCACAUUAGAGCACUUUCUAAGGCUGUCCGCAAUGGAAUAUGGUGUUACUGGAAAUCCAUCCGCUGCACUAAACCUCAGCAGUAUUUGCGGAAAGGAUCCCAUAUCUGAGUCCAAGCUAGAUCUUAAAGAAUCACAAGAGUUGUCCAUGGCUCAACAGGUAAAUUUAGGUGCAGACAUGGAGGUGGUGGUCGCUGCUGGUGCCAAAAUUGUCAGCAACCAUGAUCGCGAGCCGUAGACCAUUAAGUGUUGGCGAGUUUGUUUGUUGUAUCAGUUAGUAGUUUCCAAUUUAUUGAUCGGCUUACCUAACACCUGCGCAAUCUGAAAUACCUACGUUUGUAUCAAAUCUUUACGUUUUCCUCCCUUUUUCCUAGGCAGGUAACCAUGACUGAACUGAUUUUCCAAAUCGAAAAAAAGAUAAUAUCAUUGUACAAAUUGUUCUAGUACAUUUUUGUAACCUUGGAAGGUCAUCCUUAUUUGGAUGUUCGUUCGAUUUCUGUACAUGUAAAAAUAGACAUAAAGUUAAUUGAAAGACAGGUCAUCUCUGUUGAUCAAAAACUUGAAUCACACAUA